AUGCUUGCAUUUACAGCCGGUUAUCACAAGUAUUUUGCUCACAACUCGUUCAAGAUUCGGUUCAAUGUGCUAAAGUACAUUUUUGCAAUCGUUGGAAGUUCUUGUGGGUUGGGCUCGAUAAGAUGGUGGGCCGCGCUACACAGAGCGCAUCACAGGUUUACCGAGGAUACGGAGCGCGACCCGUACCUGAUUAAAAGAGGUUUUUUGUAUAGUCAUUAUGGAUGGUUGUUGCGAAAACCAAAGGUUACAAAAUUUUACACUGAUUUUUUGGAGCAGGAGUUUCCUUUGAAUAAAGGAGGACAAGAGCAACAAAAAUUGGGGAGUGAAGAGAAGGGAGAUGGCAGCUCGAUACGGAAUGAGGUUGUUGGAUUAAACGCUGAUUUUGAUCAAGACAAUGAGUUUGCAGCAGAAGAAGAUAUUUGUCAGGAAGAGUAUAAUGAAAGUUUGAAAAGCUUGUUAGCCUGGCAGCAACGAACAUAUGUUUUUUGGUUUGUCAUAACUACACUCUUGAUUCCAGUAUUGGUUACGAGAUUUGUAUGUCAUGACAGUGUCAUGCACGGGUUACUAUAUCCUGGUAUUUUGAGGAUGUUUUUAUGCCAGCAGUCUCUAUUAAGUACUGAGUCCGUUUGUCACUUGAAACACAUACAAGUAACGAUCCCAACUCAACCUUUCAAUGAUAAGAACUCGUCUCAAAACUGCCAGAAUCCCUUGGUCUCGUUGUUGACCUAUGGUCAAUCUUACCAAAACUAUCAUCACGAAUUUCCCCAUGAUUAUCGCUGCGACAAUGGCUUUUUAACUUAUGACCCAACCAAGUGGUUUUUAUGGACUUUGGAAAAAAUGGGUGUUGUUUAUGAGCUAUGUAGAACACCCGAUAAUCUCGUUGUUCAUUUGAACCUUCAACAACGGCAGCGUAUUAUUAAUCGAACGAAAAGUCAGCUCAACUGGGGUACGCCUAUUUCAAAGUUACCUUUGAUCAGCCCCAAGGACUUUAAGAAUAUAAUUGCAUCCUCGGCAAACAAGGAUCGGAUCUAUAUUGUUAUCCAAAAUAUAAUUCAUGAUAUUACCCCAUUUAUGGAUCAACAUCCUGGAGGAGUCCAAUUGCUAAAAGCUUCACAUGGUAAGGACGCAACAACUGCAUUUUACGGAGGUGUUUAUGGCCACCUGACAGCAGCUGUCAAUUUAUUAGCCACAAUGAGGAUUGGCAUAUUAAACAAUGGUAAUGACGAAGAGGUCUGGAAAAGAGUAGUUACCGAAGAAGGUGAAGUUGCCGAAGCUUCAGAAUCAAGAAACGGUCAAGCACAGUACCAUACUGCCGAAGCAGCUUGA